CAUAAGUGUGUACUUUAAUCGACCGAAACUGAACCGAUUGAAACAAAUGUGAAAACAUACUGACAUACAAUACGAUUUACUACCUCGCGCGGCUUUAUUCGCGUGUCGUAUGCGAUAAUUUAUGUUAUGAAUAUAUAAUAUAAAUAAAAAGGGUCAGCUAGACGCUAGACACUCGAGAGCAUAGUUAAAAGAAUUACUUGGCCACUGGAUACGAGCUGUCGAAAGAUACUUGUAUAAACUUGAGAUACGUGCAUCUUUCCAAUUGAAAUAUCUUUCUGCAAGAAAUGUAACCUAUAACGUUUGUUUACGCAAACGUCGUGUACAUUGUACGUACAUGUGUAUGCGUCGGAAUUUGGAACGCAACCUCUCUGUCCAGUCCAUUGAAACAAAAUUCGGGGCACAUGUUUAUCAUUUAAAUGAUUGCAGGUGUUGUGAAAACAAAUUGUUCGAAAUUGAGUAUGGCAAAUGAGUGCCUUAAAAGAUCAUGAUCCCGAUUACGGGCCUUCCGUUGCAAAUAACGAGAAACAUCAACGAAUUUACGAAGAGAACGCAAGAAGCAAUACCGCGAAGAAGAUAACAGCCAUUAUCGAAAAAGAAUUUUCCCUGGAGAUAAAUACGAAAGAGAAAGAAGUUUUAGAGAUACAAGAAAGAUUGCAUAGGGCCUCGAAAGCUUUACAUUUUCUACGAUACGUUAUAGUUGCUGAUUUUUAUAAUCGCAAGCAAUGUCAAAGUUCGCAAAAUGGAGAAGCAAGACAAACCCAAAUACAUCCGGCGAUAAAACAAUUGAUCGGUAAAUCGCCGAAGGAAUGCGGCAAUUUGUUAGUUUCAACAAAGUCGACCGCGACAGCGCAAAGCAACGCAGACGAUUUAAUCGCAUCUUGUCCAGAUGAUACGUGUCCUUCGACCGUAAUUGUCUGUCCAACUACAAACCCGAAUUCGCAUCAACCCGAGAAGGGGACUUCCGUGAAUGGUUCUUUUUUAAGAAAGAGGAACAAUGAUACCGGUGAACAAUCACGACCAAAGAAAAUACCACGAUACAUUCCACCUAAAUCAGGAGUCCCAGAGUCCCCGUGUCCGUCGAGAGGUAUCAGGCAUAAAGUCAGAAAACGUAUAAUCAUUGGAAACAUUUCAAAGUGGAUCCCUCCGGAAUGGAGAGAAGACGCGGCUAGUCAUAAAUGGACAAUGUACGUCCGAGGUAACAAAGAUAAUCCUGACAUCGACGAUUUCGUCGGUAAAGUCAGAUUCUUUUUACAUCCUAGCUACAGGCCUAACGACGUUGUGGAAGUGACGAUACCACCGUUUUGCCUAUCGAGACGCGGUUGGGGCGAAUUUCCAUUAAGAGUGCAGUUGCACUUCAAGAGUACGCUGGACAAGCCAAUGGACAUAAUUCAUCACUUAAAGUUGGACCGCACGUACACCGGUCUGCAAACCUUAGGAUCCGAAACUCUGGUCGAUAUAUGGAUCUACGCGGUUCCUCGAAACUUGAAAUUUGUUGCCCGAUCCUGUUCGAUCGAUGACACCGAUAAACCCGAAGCCAAAGCCGAUGCCGAAAUUGAAGUUGAAACAGGCAACGACACACGUUUCAAAUUCAAUGAUAACACCAAUGUCAAUCCGAAGUUUCAGUUAGGCUCGACGAACGGGAAGUCGAGUGCGAUUGUAAAACUCGAGGAAGGGGAAAGUUUGCAAGAGAUCGACGAGGCUUUUCUAAAUAACGAACGAUCGCGAUUUUAUGUUGAUCUUGACCAUGACUACUGUGGUUCGAAUCGUCUGGAAGAGAACUUAACUAUCGAUCAUCGCUUAUCGCUUAAAAAAGAAAUUGCUCUGAAAUUCAGGGAUUCAUCGACGACAAGCACAAUCGUCGACGAAAAUUUCGAGCAAGUGAAAAUAAAGGAAGAAACGAACUCGACCGAGCCUUCGUUGUCGACAAAAAAUGGACACAACCAAAAUGGGACGAAAGCCCUUCCAUCAUCUUGCUCGAAACUACAAUCAAACCUCUGUCCUUUGGAAAUCUCGAUACCCCCGUUGUUCGAGUCGUCGAACAAACAUGUGUUGGUACUUGAGAACAACAAAACCAUCACCGUGGACAUCGGGAUUUCGCGUAACGACGAUCAAACUCGUAAGCCGAGCAAAGAUUCGACGACAAAACCGAAAGUGAAUUUAACCGUAUCGUCGCGUGGCAUCAGCUUGCUGAAGAAACCGUCGAGCAAAUUAAGUUCUCAAAGUGAAACUCAGCCAGGGCUGAAACUCCAAUUCCCCAAGAGUAUACUAUUGAACAUGAAUUCUAACGUGCCGGCAUUAAAAAUAGCUGAAAGAGGAAAUCUACAGGACGAUUAUCUUUCCGAUGCUGCUCGCAGAAAAUCAGGACUUACAGAGGAAUCCGCAUCGGGAUCAGAAAAUCGAGAAUGCACGAAGGAAUUGCAACUACAAUCUGCGCGGCAAAGGAUCACUUUGGGCAAAGACAAGCACAAGCUGCAGAGCAGGAAAGAGUUCUACGACGGAGCGUUCCGCGCGAUUCACUGCGCAAACAUUGGAACUAUUGACGGUCUGCUGAGAUUUAUUGUCAGACGAAUGCCCAUGGUGACUCGGGACGCUUCUGAUUCGGAUUACAAGCAGCUUCAUCCUUAUGCGUGCGCUACUGAAAAAGAAUUCUUUGAAUACACUGUCGGGAAAAGAACUGCCUGCGAAUGGAGUCGAGCAAAAACCAUACGAUGCUUAUUAAAGCGCAAGGCAUUCUCGCAGGAGGAAAUGUGGACCGUCAAAGAGAUCAUUAUCUGGACAAGACUGCACGGGUACACACCUUUUCGUACAAAUUUUUCGAGCGACCAGGUCAAAGGACCGAAGAAUCUAGUCGACUCCACUCUUUCGAGGACUAUCUUUACUUGUUCGGAACCCGAGGCUUUCUGUAAAUGGCUUCAAAUUUAUCCGGGUCGUUCGUACGAUCAAUGGUUCGAUUCUAAUUCGCAACAAUUUUACGAACAUGACAUCGAAGUAGAUAUCAUCGACGAAACUUCAACGAAAGUAGGGAAAAACAACUUAUAUAUAAAUAGGGGCACGUAUUUCAACAACGAGAAUCUAUUAGACCCCAAGAUCGCUGUAUUGGAAAUGGAAACGAAAUCGAUACCGUUUCACGACUUCAUCUGCGAAACAGCAAGAGAAAUAGGCGUGAAAUUGAAUCAUGAAGAAAUUCUGCCCAGUGUGGUAGAUUGUGCAGCCAGUCGGGCGAUAAUGAGAGCCAUAGAAUGCCUUGUGGACGACUUAGUUAGAAUGUCUCUGGCAAAAGCUUGGAAAAGAUGCGAUAACGAAUAUCCGAAGAUGAUCGUUUUGGACGACGUACGUGGAGCUCUCUUAAACCGUGAAGAAUUUGAUAUUUUUACGAAUCAAGGAUUAGGAUCCAAAUAUCGACGAACAUCAACAGAUUGAUCGAUAAAAAUACACGAGACGAGAAUUUAGACACAAUGAAACUCAAAUAAUAUCGUUUGCUUCGACAAUAUAUGCUCCAGUAACAGGCCUGAAAACGAUAGCCUCGCACAUGUACAAAUGUCUAAAUUUGAAUAAAAUACUUAUAUCGAGUUUCAUACGAAUAA